AUGCAUCUUUCCACCCUCCUCCUAACACUCGCUCCGGCCCUCGCGCUGGCAACCCCCGCCUUCCAAAACCUACAGAGUCGUGGUAGCAGUGAUGCCACCUGUGGAAACACCGGCGCUGGUGUCAACAAGGGUCAAACCUGUAGUUCAGGUGGUGUCGGUGGUUCUUGCUGCUCUCAGAACGGAUGGUGCGGCGAUACCCCAGCAUACUGUGGUGCUGGCUGCCAGGCUCAGUUUGGUCGCUGCGAUGCCCCCAAUGCUGGUACCUCUGGCGGCAGCACAUCAGGCACUGCAAGAUCGAAGAACGGGAACGUCCUUUACGGCGGCGGCGGUGUCUAUCGUUGUGUAAACCCUGGGACGGUUGCCAUGACGUUUGACGACGGGCCAUACCUAUACACCAACAAUCUCCUCGACACUUUGGCAAGUGCUGGCGCAAAGGCAACGUUCUUCGUCACCGGAAGCAACCUCGAUAAAGGCAACAUCGACGACCCGUCAAAGGGCUGGGACAAAGUGAUCCAGCGCAUGUACAACAACGGGCAUCAGGUCGCCUCUCACACCUGGUCUCACCAGGAUCUCUCUACUCUCUCUGAGGAGGCACGCAGAAACGAGAUGUUACAUCUUGAAGCCGCGCUUGUUAAGAUCAUCGGCCGUUUCCCUACAUACAUGAGGCCUCCGUACUCUUCAUGCAACGGCGCAUGCCAGGCGACGUUGGCCGACCUUGGGUACCAUAUAAUCUACUUCGACCUAGAUACCGAUGACUACAACCAGCUUGGCAACAUCCAGAACAGCAAGGAUAACGUCGACAGAGCGAUGGCAGGAACGAGCCCGAAUUCGAGGAGCUUUUUGAGUAUUGCGCAUGAUAUCCACCCACAGACGAGCAAUGACCUGGCGCCGUAUAUGAUUAGGAGAUUUGCAGAAGCUGGAUACAGGAUGGUGACGCUUGGUGAGUGCUUGGGUGACCCGGCAGGUAACUGGUACAGGUCAUAA